AUGAGCCAACCUUCAGCUGCGACUCGCCGCCAUCGUAGGGGUAUCGCCUGUGACGAGUGCCGACGCCGGAAACUGCGCUGCGACGGACAGAAACCUCAAUGUGGACGCUGUCUGGAUACGGGAGUCGCUUGUGAGUUGACCCAGCGCAGUGCGCGAGGACCUAAAAAAGGUCACUUGCGCGAUCUGAAGAACCGACUCGUGUAUCUGGAGGCCUUGCUGGAGAACAGCGUGCCGGCAGAGGAUACGCAACAGGAUCUCCACGCCAUUAUCGAGUAUACUGGUGAUCCGUCGCUACUACCCUUGGUGAGGGCGGGCCAUGCGGCUGAAGUUGGCACAUCUGAGCCCUGGAUUUCCGCGGGUACGGUGACCUCCAAUUCAGAGCACGAGGGGCUUCUACAACACGACUUGACACCCGGUGUACCUUCUUUCUCUCAACGGUCCUCCGUUGGCCCAAUUAUAUCCGGCCAUAGCACGCCGAUACAGAGUAUAACCGGUCUUAUGCAGGACGAAUUAGACCAGCUUUACCUAGACCGUGUCCAUAAUUCUAUCCCAAUCCUCCAUCAGCGACGGUACAUGUCCUGGUCCAAAUCUAGUACCAAAACGGAACCCCGUAGAUGCUUACAGUAUGCAAUGUGGACACUAGCCGCAUUGCUCUCCACCCAGUUCCGAGACAUGAUAGAACCGCUGUAUCAGGAGACAAAGCGCAUGCUCGACCAACUCACUGUUGCGGCAAAUGAGGACAGUAAUAUUGACACCGAAAUCGGCCAAGCCUGGGUUCUUCUCGUGACCUUUGAGUCAAUGCGCACAUAUCAUCGACAGGCAUGGAUGAGCGCCGGGAGUGCGUUUCGCUUCGUGCAAGCCAUGCACUAUCAUGAGCUCGACAGCCUAGAUGGCAAAAGAGGCUCGGCUUAUGCUCAGCGUGAUGACUUUAUUGAGGUCGAGGAGAGACGUCGAGUGUUCUGGAUGGCGUACUUUUUGGACCAUAUCAUCAGUAUGCGCGGCGACUGGCCAAUCACUCUGAAUGAGCAUGUGAUCUGCACCCGUCUUCCAGCGUCGGAUUCCAAAUUCCAGAACGGAUAUCGGGAACUAGGACCGUUCCUAUCCGAAGCUAUGACGGACUCAACCCUCCAAGUCCGAUCGUCGUUCACCGAGUGCCUCAUCCUCGUUACCAUAUGCGGUCGCAGUCUCUUCCAAAGACAACAGUGUCAAAUAUCCAAGGCAUACGGGGAUAUGACACUCGACUGGACGGAACAGCGGCAAUGGCUGGACAGACUCCUCUUGAGCCGAUUUCAGGUGCUUUCGCAGUGUUACCCGGACCCGACAGAAUCCAAUGACCACUUACUACUAUUUACGCACAUCUUAGCUCAGGCUACUGUUAUAUACUACUGCAAAACUAUGAUCCAGUCGGACGCGCCAAGCAACUUCACGCAGAACAGCGAAUUCAGGUAUGAGCAUAGAGCCUUAGAAGCGUCUAAGAAUAUCAUCCGUCUGGCAACGACACUGCCCGAGCUGCCGUUUUCUAAGGUCCACCCUUUGAUGCCCAUGCCAUUGUUCAUUUGCGCCGAGUUUCUCUACAGCAACAUACACAAUGGCAUAUCCGUCCAAUCGCCCAUCCAGGACUUGUUUCAUAUUUUCCGUGAGCUCAAGAAUGUUAAUAAUCACGAGCAAAGCUACCUGGAUCUACUACCGCGAUCAUGUAUUUCAAAAACAGCGGUGAUGGUAGGGCUUGGUGAUGAGGGGGGUGCGAGUAGUUAG